AGUAAACUAGUAAGUUAAGCUUACUUGGUUGGCCGGUGUUUCGCAUUUUCACCAAUUUAGUGCACAGCAAAAUGGCAAAAUGGGGUGAAGGAGAUCCCAGAUGGAUAGUAGAAGAAAGAGCUGACGCUGUUAAUGUUAAUAAUUGGCACUGGACAGAGAAGAAUGCUACCCCAUGGUCUAAAGAAAGAUUUGAAGAGCUAUUUAAAGGUUUGAAUGUAGCAACGGACGAAGCAACUCUGAAAAUAACCAGUAUAGCAAAAACAGAAGGAGAAGCUCAUGUCAAUAAUAGAAAAGCAAAGCUUAUUUUCUUCUACGAAUGGAUACUAGAAUUGGAAUGGUCUGGUUCUCUUGGAGAAAGUGAAAAUGUGCUUAAAGGCAAAAUAGAAAUACCGAACCUGAGUGAAGAAAAUGAAGUUCAUGAAAUUGAUGUGCUUGUAAAAGCAAAUAAAAGUAACAAAGAAAGUAUGCAACUGCUUGAUGCUAUAAAGAAAGAAACAGUAAAARGAAUCAGAGAAAAACUGGCAUUAUAUAUUCACAAGUUGCAAAAUGAGUUCAUCCAAGGAAUGAUUUUACCAACAAAAAAUGAUAAAGAAUCAGCAAAAUCUGGGGGGGAGGAUAAAACAACAAAAGAGGUUUUCAAAGCAAUAACUGCACCAGCUAAACAAAAGAAAGAUUCCAAACAACUUGGUGUUCCAAUAGCAACCAAAAAAUUGGUCAUGAAAGAGGAGUUCCUGAUGUCUGCAGAAGAUUUGUACCAAACUCUAACUGAUGAUAAGAGGUUAUCAGCAUUUACACAAAAUCCUGCCAAAGUUGAUGCYACAAGUGGGGGAAGUUUUGUUCUUCUAGAUGGCAGUGUAUCUGGAAAAUUUGUGGAAUUGGUCAGAGAUGAGAAAAUUGUCAUGGAGUGGAGRCAAAGAAGUUGGCCAGAAGGUCACCAUUCUAUAGCAACAAUCAUAUUAGAASAACAGGAUGACAGGACGAUUCUAAAACUAAGUCAAACAGGCAUCCCUGAAUCCAAAUAUGAUGAAACAAAACAGGGAUGGAAAACAUACUACUGGGAAGCYAUCAAGCGUACUUUCUCAUGCGGUUUCCGCUAUUUCUGACACAUCUUACACGUCAUACUCAGGGUUUACAUUCAUGUACAUGGGUUCUGACGUGUUGAAUUUAUGUUGUAAUAAAAUACCUUUGUUUUCAAAAUUAAUGUGACGACCCCUGUCAUGUUUUAGCGAUGAGUGAUCAUGAUAUUACAGUAUGUAAUAUCAAAUCACACAACAAGAAAAUAAGUUUUUAAUUAUUUAUUAACAUAUUAAUUCUUUUUAUGCAGUAAAAUAACACACAUGGAAAGCUUWGUCAGCUGAAGAGGCUAAUAUAUAAAUGAAGCUUGUUAUGAAGCCUUCCAAAUUGUAUUCAGCUGUAGUUGCCAGGCUAUGCUAUGAAAUACAGUAAUCAAAAAUAAAUAUAUCAUUUCAGUGA